AUGGAUGAUCUUCCCACUGAACUCGUCGUUCAAAUCAUAUCAUACGUCCCCAAAACUUCGCUGCCGCAAUUACGCCUGGUCUCACGACUCUUCAACAAUCUCUCAAUUGUCUAUGUCUUUUCGCAUAUUCCUCAAUGGCUAGACUACGAAGCCUCUCAUCGCCUAGUACUGACUAUCGCCCACGACGCCUACAACAGGCCGGCCGCGAUGUGGAGUCCUUGGGCUACGGCGCCAGAUGAACCUUGUGACAACAUCUUCCUUGGGAUUGUGUGGAAAGUUUUGGUUGGUACCAAUGUGCCAGGAAGUAAUCGUGAAGUGGUUGCUUUGACGGCGUGGAAUUUCGCGGCGCUGAGUGGGCGAGAAGACAUGGACGAGAAAAGGUUAAGGACUGGGCAGAAUCGCUUUUGGAUGCACAGAUCUUAUGCCAAAGGCAUUGAAGAGGUCUCGACAAAACCGUGUAUAGGCGUGGUAAAGAGUGUCGAGAUGGUCGGGAUGCUCGAGGUGGAUUGUAUGGACAGUGGAUCGUAA